CGGCGGGGCGCGUGCCGGGGCGGUUACUGCAACAUUCGCAGGGGCUGCCGACGGUUGGGCGUGUGCUCCGCACCGGGCGACUCCGCCGGCCUCGGGGCGCCCGUGACUCGCUCCCUCCCCCCAAGAGGAGGCCGCGGCCGCGGAGGAGACUCGGAGCCUGCGCCUUCGAGGGGGAGGUGCCGCGUGCAGCCUCCUCGGGAGGCGGGAACUGGAGCCUUGGCGGCUCGAGCCGAACGCCCCGCCCCCUCUCCGGUGUCCGGAUCCUCUCCCUCUUUAGGGGGCGCUCACUGCCACUAGGGUAACCCUGGUUGCCGAGCCUCGAAGGAAGCAUCGGAAGUCGCGGGGCCCCUCCCUGCACCCAGACCGGCAGCGAACCCUCCUGCUGGCUCCCAUCCAAAGAUUCUUAGCGUUCCCCGCGGCCGCCGAGACUCGGGGCGCCAGUCCCGCCCGGGAUUCUUAGGAAGUGACACGUGCUGGGGGAGUCUGCCUGCUCCUCUCCCGCCCCUCCCAAGAGUGUUGGGAGCGAGGCCGCCGCCUGGAGGGAAGAACGAUUGUCUAAGCGAUUCCUGCAGAGCUAGCAGACUGCCUGCUGAACUCCAUCCGGACUAGCCCGGCCAAGGACAGAAAAAGAAAGCCCACCCUAUUCUAGAAUCUUCUUUGAGCUUCCCCCCCCCCCCCCCCCCCCCCAUGGAAUAGUGGCAGGACUUGCUGGCCAAGGAACCGCAAACCCGAAUUUUCCUGAAGAGAGCUUGAAAAGGUGGUUCAGAGCACGUCAGUCACCAUCCUGAGAAGCUGGCCCUCUUCCAGUCCAGAUUGAUUCUCUGAAGGACUCUUCAUGUCUUUCCGAAAUUAACUCUUUAGAAGAAUUGUGGCACCUUAACUGCAGAUUUUUUGGGGGAGGGGGUGGUUAGAAAGCAGGAUAAGUGACCCCAAGCAUAAUUGUAACUCCUGGGUGGGCGGUAGAGAGCCCCACAUGUUCAGGCUUUGACAAGACCACCAGUUAUGGCAUUUACUAAUUACAGCAGUCUGAAUCGAGCCCAGCUGACAUUUGAAUAUCUACAUACAAAUUCAACCACCCAUGAGUUCCUGUUUGGAGCCCUUGCUGAACUCGUGGACAAUGCCAGAGAUGCUGAUGCCACCAGGAUAGAUAUUUAUGCAGAGCACCAGGAUAACCUCCAGGGAGGCUUCAUGCUCUGCUUCCUGGAUGAUGGUGCCGGAAUGGAUCCAAGUGAUGCCGCCAGCGUCAUACAGUUUGGGAAGUCGGCCAAGCGGACCCCUGAAUCCACGCAGAUCGGGCAGUACGGCAAUGGCCUGAAAUCGGGCUCCAUGCGUAUCGGCAAGGAUUUUAUUCUCUUUACCAAGAAGGACGACACCAUGACCUGCCUCUUCUUGUCGCGCACAUUCCAUGAGGAAGAAGGCAUUGACGAGGUGAUUGUGCCGCUGCCCACCUGGAACGCCCGGACCCGCCAGCCCAUUACGGAAAACAUGGACAAGUUUUCCACCGAGAUCGAGCUCAUCUACAAGUAUUCGCCCUUCAAAUCGGAGCAGCAAGUCAUGGAUCAGUUUAAGAAGAUCUCUGGGGAGACGGGAACGCUGGUCAUCAUUUUUAACCUCAAACUCACGGACAAUGGGGAGCCUGAGCUGGACAUUGUGUCGGACCCGCGGGACAUCCAGAUGGCGGAAACCACCCCCGAGGGCACGGACCGGGCGCCGGGGCCGGCCAGGGGGGUUUUGAUUUCCCGGCUGUCUCCCCUGCCUCCCCCUCCCGGUCUUGGGGGUCCAGGCAAGAUCAAUCGGGAAGCCGACAUCAAGAAGCGCAUCAGGGAAGCCAAACAGCGUAUGGAAGGCGUCAUCGGUAAGGGGCCGGAGGGGCGGGACGGGGCGGCGCGGGGCCAGCAAGGGAUGAGACAGGCCCCACCCUGUGACAGCCCUGGGGGUUGCUUUCCAGCCCAGCGUGGAAUCAUCAAGUUCUGGGAUGAGUUCGGCUACCUCUCAGCCAACUGGAACCAGCCCCCGUCCAGUGAGCUUCGCUACAAACGGAGACGAGCCAUGGAGAUCCCCACCACGAUCCAGUGCGAUCUGUGUCUGAAGUGGCGGACGCUGCCUUUCCAGCUGAGCUCCGUGGAGCGGGACUAUCCCGACACGUGGGUGUGCACCAUGAACCCAGACGCUGAGCAGGACAGCUGUAACGCCUCUGAGCAGAAGCAGAAGGUUCCCCUGGGGACCCUGAAGAAGGAUUUCAAGACCCAAGAGGAGAAGCAGAAACAGCUGACGGAGAAGAUCCGGCAGCAGCAGGAGAAGCUGGAAGCCCUGCAGAAAACGAUCCCGAUCCGAUCCCAGGCUGAUCUGAAGAAGUUACCCCUGGAAGUGAGCAGCAAGUCUGGCGUGGAGGAGUCCCAUGCCGUCCGUCGACUCCCACGCCCUAGGUCCCCCCCAUUGCCAGCUGUGAUUAAGAAUGCUCCGAGCCGCCCCCCACCCCCACCUCCCCCACCCCCACCGACUCCCAGACCAGUCUACCCGGCCAGAAGGGGCUCGCUGUCCAUCUCCCCGAGACCGGGCCAGUCGCCAACUCAGGAGGAAGCCAGCACCUCCAGGAUGUCUCACCCACCUCUGACCCCCCGGAAGUCCAGCGGCUCCAUUGUCAAACCGGCUCACAGAGUGGUCUCCGUGGUGAGGUCCCCCACACCGCUUGUGCUGAAUUCCAGGCCCCCCCGUGACGUGCCCAUCCCCAAACCGGUGAAGACCCCAGUGCUCAAGAAGCCAGACCCGCCCAGUAAAGCUCAGAUCGUCAGCGCCCGGAAGAGGAACUUUCCCCUCACAGAGGACGAGGCCGAGGAAGACGUGGAGCGGAGGAAAGAGAAGUCCAAGCGGGGCAAAGUCCUCGUGGUGAAAGAUGAGAAGAAGGAGUCGAGCGAAGUCGUGGUGGAGCUGUCAGACAGUGCCAGUGAAGAAGACCUGGCAGAGCUGAGACGAGCCCAGAAAGACAAAGGGCUGCACGUGGAGGUGCGUGUGAAUAAGGAGUGGUACACGGGCCGCGUGACGGCCGUGGAGAUGAGCAAGCACGUGGUGCGCUGGAAGGUCAAGUUCGAUUACGUGCCCACGGACACCACGCCCAGAGACCGCUGGGUGGAAAAAGGCAGCGAGGACGUGAGGCUGAUGAAGCCCCCCUCGCCCGAGUACCAGAGCCCCGACACCCAGCAGCAGGAAGACGAGGACGUGAUCGCCAUCGAGCCCUCGACCUCCGAGUGCAUCCGCAUCGAGCCAGACACCACCGCCCCCAGCAGCAGCCACGAGACUGUGGAUCUGCUGGUCCAGACCCUUCGGAACUGUCUCCGCUACUUCCUGCCCCCCAACUUCCCCAUCUCGAAGAAAGAGCUGAGCUCCAUGAGCCCGGAUGAGUUGAUGGCCUUUCCUCUGAAGGAGUAUUUCAAGCAGUAUGAGGUGGGUCUGCAGAAUCUGUGCAACUCGUACCAGACCCGGGCGGAUGCCCGCGCCAAGGCCUCUGAGGAGAACCUCCGGGCCUCCGAGCGGAAGCUGCGAGAGACCGAGGAGAAGCUGCAGAAACUGAGGACAAACAUUGUGGCCCUGCUCCAGAAAGUGCAAGAGGACAUUGACAUCAACACCGACGACGAGCUGGACGCCUACAUCGAGGAUCUGAUCACCAAGGGAGACUGAGCCGGGUGCCAGCGGGGCAGCCUGGAGGCGGGCGCCAUGGCCAGGGUGGCCUUGGGUGGCCUCGGAGGCCAGUGCCUGGCCUGGCCCAGAGGCGCGGGACCACAUCUCCUUCUUGGGCCCUGACCCACACUUGUGCCGUCACAAGGAAGCUCUGAAACCUGUAGUUCUUCAGAUUCCCCUUCCUUUGUUUAUAAAUAUUUAUUUUUAAAUGAAACGA